AUGCCCGCCCCUACCGCAUUACUGAGACGUCCUGAAGAGCUGGCCGAGGCUGUCAAUGUUCCAUUACCGACUGAGAGCCAAGACGACGAUCUAUUACUCGACGCCCCCGAUGCCACUCCUAUAGAAGUCCAGACGGCUACAGGAGAAGAUACAGAAAUGACCAUCGACGAGGAAGGAAGACCAAGAUUUGCACCUGCCACGAAUAUUGAUGGACCUGCUCGAGUAGAGACGAGAAAAGUCCCAAUACCGCCGCAUCGAUUUGCGCCGUUGAAGGCUAGUUGGUCGAAGAUAUAUCCCCCCUUGGUGGAACACCUUAAAUUGCAAGUGCGAAUGAACGUCAAGAACCGCGCUGUCGAGCUCCGAACCUCAAAACACACAACAGAUUCCGGCUCGCUCCAAAAAGGAGAGGACUUCAUAAAAGCUUUCAGUCUUGGUUUCGAGGUCGACGAUGCAAUUUCUCUUCUUCGCCUCGACGAUUUAUACAUAGAGACAUUUGAGAUCAAAGACGUCAAGACAUUGACAGGAGAGCACUUAGGUAGAGCCAUUGGAAGAAUUGCUGGCAAAGAUGGAAAAACCAAGUUUGCAAUCGAGAAUGCUUCGAGGACGAGAGUGGUGCUGGCUGAUUCCAAGAUCCAUAUCCUUGGCGGCUUCAAAAACAUCCAUAUUGCUCGCGAGGCAAUCGUGAGUUUGAUUUUGGGAGCUCCGCCCGGAAAGGUGUAUGGCAAUCUAAGGACUGUUGCAUCGAGGAUGAAGGAGAGGUUUUGA